CCAUCCUGACUGACGGAAAACAACGACUCCAUCCACGCAACUCCGGUGGUCCCUGGCAAGCCGGCCUGCCUGCAGCAAUAUGGCCAACAUCCCAGCGGCCAUUGAAGCGGCCGAUGCUGCGGGUCGCAUCCCCGCGGGGAUCAGCUUGGAAUACCUCGCACAGUCGCGCGAUCGCCCGGCCAAGAUCGCCAUCAUCUUCGUCUGCGCCUUGACCACGCUCGUGGUCAUCGCGAGAUGCUAUGCUCGGAUCUUCUUUCUCAAGCGCUUUGGCAUGGACGACUCCCUGGCCGUCUUCACGCUGCUGCUGUACAUCACCGUGGUCGUGCUGUCCAUGGUGCUCAUCGGCCUGGGCAGCGGCCGUCACAUCGAGUACAUCGAGUACGUCCUCUCGUUGUCCCGGGUCAAGGAGACCGAGGUCCUGGACUUCGUCAUGCACAUCCUGUAUACGACCGCACUGUUCAUCUGCCGCCUGUCCGGGUUGGCAUUCUACCAUCGGCUGGCGGCGCGACACGACAAACUCUCUCUCACCAUCAAGCUCGCUUCCAUCUUCCUCGUGCUCGCCUUCCUGACCCAGUUCUUCCUGCUGCUGUUCCACUGCUUACCGGUCACGGGGCUCUGGCCAUAUGAAUGGCAGGAUGGGGCGAGCCAGUUCAAGUGUCUGAGCUGGGGCGACGUCUACUCCGUCAAUUCGGGGUUGUCGUUAGUCUGCGAUCUGAUCAUGUUGGUUUUGCCGUCCAUGUUGAUCUACAUGCUGCAUGUGUCGCGACAACGGAAAUUCCAGUUGUCCUUGAUCAUGUUCCCGGGUGUUUUAGUCCUGGCCAUCUCCUGCGCGCGCAUCUACCUGGUGGCGGUGGGCCAAUGGUCGUCGGACGGCAGCUGGGCCUACGAUCCGAUGCUGGCGGUCGAGACCUCCGAGAUCGGAAGCACGCUGAUUGCCCUGUCCAUCCCUGCCUUGAAGUCGCUCUUCGGCUCUUACUUCAACCACCUCAAGGCCUCCUCCUCCGGCGGCGCCACCUCGUCCAACAAGCGAUCCAGUCGGUUCCACCGCGGCUACGGUCGCACCUGGGAGGGGCAUGUGGAGUUGAAUAGCCUGGGUCAGGCAGCGGCCGCGGCCGGGUCGUAUCAUGUCGACGUGCAAACGGGCAAGGGGGCGAUCGCGACUCCGGAGUCAACCUCGUUGGGCGGGCCACGCACGGGGAACGACAGCUCCUCAGAGGACUUGCUGUCGCCGCAGAACGCGAAACAUGCCGGUCGCGCGGCCGGCAAGGGGCAGGUGAUCAUCCAGGAGACGGUGACGGUGAUCGAGAGUGGAAAGGCCAAUCCUGGACGGAGCUCGUAGGCUGCAUUUGAUACUGUCUCACGAAUCCGAAAUCUGACCGCUGUUUUGAUUCAGCGCACCGGCUCAGGGCUCGAUUCGGAAAACCAUAAUCCGUAUGGCAUCCAGCGCGAGAAUAAGGUCAUUGUACGGCCAGAGGGACGGGGUUUCCGCCACGGCUCCCAAUCCAUGCCGUCUAGGGCAUGUAUCUAGGGCAUGUAGACGUUCGACACUUUCGAGGACAGCAGCCAGCUACCUCGGCGGACGCACAUCCCUCGACUAGGUUUUCGUUUGGUGAGUCGGAACCAAACUUGCGACCGGGUAAUUGAACUUUGAAUGGGAC